AAACAAUUAAGCUCAGCGCAGUAAUGGGUACUGGGUAGCUAAUAAGGUACAAAUAGAGUGAGCUUUGACUUGACCCACUCAUUCCCAACUUCGUCUUCAACCGCUAUGUUACAAAACAACAUUGAGCAAUCCCUUGGCUUAGGCAAAGCUCCUAACCAGUACGUGUUAGGCGAUGUCAUUGGGCUUGAAGCGCUAUCAUCUGGGCAUCCUUCCGUGGUUUAUCGCAGCUACCAAGAUCACCCUGAUCAGUCCCAUACCCCAGAUCAUGGUAGCGAUUCAGAGAACCCGGCUACCGUGCGACGCAAGCAGCGACGAAAUCGCACUACCUUCACAAAACAGCAGCUACAAGAGCUGGAGAACGUGUUCGAGAAAAAACACUACCCAGACAUCGCGUUGCGCGAGGAGUUAGCGGCUAAAAUCAACAUUAGCGAGGCCAGGAUACAGGUAUGGUUCCAGAACAGACGCGCGAAGUGGCGCAAACUUCAAAACCCCAAUCACUCACUCCUAAAGAAAAACCGACUUCAUCAUGAGAAACUGCAAGGGCAGCUUCCGAUAGCACCAAGACCAGGACUACCUUGCGGAGGGCCCAACUACUUCUUGAGUCUCCCGACGGGAAUGCCCACUGUCAGUGCGCACAGCUCCUACCCCGGACUCCUAACACCGCUAUCGGCCUCAUCGAACUACAUGUCCUCGCCUCAACUACCGGUCCAUAACGCGCCAUUAUGGACCUGCCAAACAGCGUUUCAGAGCGAUCAGCCCAAGAUGGCAUUAGAAGCGCUGCGCUUCAAAGCGAAAACGCAUUCUUCGGCGUUUGAGUUCGUACCGACGUAUCAUUAAAGGCAGAGUAGUACUACGAAGCAUACUUUCACUCGAUCGAAUGCUUAAUCCAGACAAAACACAAGACAUUUUAUUUAAUAUGACGCCGAGGAGAAUUUUUUCGGGCGGAUAAUCUUGUCGCUAGAAAUCCCCGUAAUCGUACGCAGGGUAUAGCAAGGCAUAAAGGAAUCGUCGUCGUUUUUGUUUUUUCUCACUAUGCGCUGCAGGGCACAAUAUUUUAGGAGAUAAAAGCGCAUCUCCUCCCACUAAAAGACGCGAGUUCAAAUUAAACUCAAAACCAUUAGAGAAGUGUAGAUCAUAGGGAGAAAAUGUAUGCAACACUUGAAGAUUAUUUCUAGGAUGUCUCUUUUUCACCUCACCUGGUUGUCUCGCUCUUUCUAAUGUUUUCUUUUUUGAUCCUUGAUCCAUCUGAAAGAGAUGUUUGUAUCACAAAAAAAAAAGUUCGAAAAAAAAAUUCCCUAUUUUUAGUCCUAUUUUAGUAAAUUUCAAUUAUUCUGCAACUGACACUCCGUUUUAUUUGCUUGCUGGUCUAUUAAUAAAAAUACGUAAUUUUAUGAUUAGUUUUGAGUGAUUAAAUACGACUAUAGUAUUCGGAAUUUGUAUAAAAUAUGGAUCAAAUUCGUUACUGAGAACUAGUUAAAUUUUAAUUGGACAUUCUCUUGGUAUGAGUCUGGAGGCAUAAACGUGUUUAUUCCGUAUUUACAUGUCUCAAGUUCACUUAUCGGAGAAUCAUUAAUAUAAUGUAAAUAUCACCUGUAAAUAUUCUAAUAUCAUUCAAUAAAAGUAUAUAAGCACUAA